AUGUCGACCGCCGGGGACUGGUGCCCCGAGAACCCGAUUCUGGCCUACCUACAGACAUUAGCCGCUACCAAAAAGACCCUUCCUUAUGGGCAGCCAGUCGUCGCCCACGCCUCUGUCAAUCACAUCGAUUCAGCUUCACUCCUGCGGCUGGCCGCAGAUAUCGGCCCGUACAUCGCCAUACUACAAAUUCCAGCCGAUGUCAUCGAUGACUGGUCCAGCGACACCAUCGAACAACUUCAGUAUUUGUCCAGGAAACAUAGAUUUCUAUUGUGGGAAGGAAGCAAGAUUCUGAACCCUCUAGUAAAUUUCAUGGGCAGAGCAGAUGCCCCGUUGGAAACAAGGCAGGCUCUGGCAGACUUGAUCAAGAAGUCUUACACCAGUGGCCCAUUGAGAACGGCAACAUGGUCCAAUCUGGCCACCUCUUGGGCCCCCGCAGCUCCAGUGGACCAACAAGAAAAUGAUAUACUGAUCCCAACCUUGAGAUUGGCGGCCCGCGAGGCAGUUGCAACCACCGCAAAGACAAUCCAAACCGAGAUCUCUGCCGAGAUAAAUAACUACUCGUCGGGCGAGGAAUUGGAAAUCAUCACACCCUCCACGGAAACAAGCAACGGCUGGAAAGAAUUUAGUCCGAAUAAUACGGGAUCGGUAUUACGGAAAUCGUCAACCAUCUCGGUCACGACCGAGUCUGUGACUCCGCACGUACACCUUCACGCAGAUGACGGUGUCCCAGUUCCCCCGCAACUGGCCCGCAGCAGUACGAUAAUCGCCGCGUGUGCCAACUCCGACUUUGUCAUCGGAUUCGCAACGAGCGAGCCCUUUUUCGUGAAUCACCGAGGGAACGAUAUUUUUGAAUUGGCUUUAUUCGAUGGCAACGGGAGUGCCCAAGUAGGCAUCGACGCUGCCAAACUCGCUACCUCGCCUUACCUCAACGAACAUCGAAGAUCGCUUGGUGUAUUCUCUCUUGUAUCACCCACUCUUAGCCUCGGCUUUGAGUUUGAUCCGACCUUCAAGCCUGAUGGAAUUACACCAUCCGGUGCUGACACUGAAACUUCAUACACUGCGCAAUACCUAUACUAUAUAGUCAGGCAAGCGGUGGAUCUUCGGGAACAGAACCGACAAGAGCGUGAAGCCACCGGUUCUGGGAAGGGAACACCGGCGGGCCCCAAAAUCAUGCACAUUCCAGUGGUCAUUAUUGUAUGA